CCGCCCCGCGCCGCUGCCCGCCCGCCCGCCCGCCCGCGCGUUCGUCCGCCCGCCCGCCCGCCCGCCGCUCGCGAUGAAGGCGGCCCAGGCCGCGGGCGCCGAGGCGCCGCAGGGCGCGCGGUCGGUCAAGGUGGUCCUGGUCGGCGACGGCGGCUGCGGGAAGACGUCGCUGCUGAUGGUCUUCGCCGAGGGGGCCUUCCCCGAGAGCUACACCCCCACUGUGUUUGAGCGGCUCGCCGUUAAUCUGCAAAUGAAGGGCAAACCCCUGAACCUCCAAAUCUGGGACACAGCAGGGCAAGUUGACUAUGACCGCCUGCGGCCCCUCUUCUACCCCGACGCCAGUGUCCUUCUCCUCUGCUUCGAUGUCACCAGCCCGCACAGCUUUGACAACAUCUUCAACCGGUGGUACCCAGAGGUGAACCACUUCUGCAAGGAGGUGCCCAUCAUUGUCGUGGGCUGCAAGACUGACCUGCGCAAGGACAAGUUGCUGGUGAAGAAGCUGCGGAAAAAUAGGGCCAGGAGAUGGCGAGGUCCGUGGGUGCAGUGGCCUACCUCGAGUGCUCAGCCCUGCUCCAAGAAAACGUCCACGCGGUCUUCCAGGAAGCAGCGCAGGUGGCCCUCAGCAGCCGCAGUCGCAACUUCUGGAGGAGGGUUACCCGGAGCUGUUGCGUGGUGACCUGACAUCUUGAGGCCCUCCCUGCCCCAACCCCCCCAGCAGCUCAGGAAGGAGCUGGGCGCUGAGCUGCCCAGUUGGCUGGGCUGGACCCAGUCCCGAGGCUGUGAUCACCGAACUGCACCUCAAACAGAUGGACACCACCAAGGCCGGGCCCCUGACCCUGGGGCUGUAAUCCCUGGACUAGAGCGUAACCCCCGCCCAAGGCCUGAGGAAGGGGCUUCCAGAGCCCACCUGCCCUGUAGAGGGCUACUCCUGGAGUCCCCUAAAAAUGACUCCCAGACUCCCAGCUCCCAGCCUGGACCCACGCAUCCAGAAGCAGCCUGUUCAGUGCUAUUCCCAGGGCUGCACCUUCGGGACCUGGCACUUCCAGGACCCUGGGCCACAACUCACACCCUCCCCAUCCCCCUGCCCCCUGCCCAUCCAGUGGUAACUAUAACAACUAAAACUACAUUGCUUGCCAGUUAUGUCACGUGUCUUGCUUUACAUACAUGUUCCAUAGCAGAAAAGAACCCACCACAUGUAGGCACUGGAAUGGGACUACCCGGAUCCAAACCUGGCUUUAUCACUUUGGGACCUUGGGCAAAUUACUUGAACCCUCUGUGCCUCAGUAUCCUCAUCUGUGAAAUGGGACCGAUCACAGAUGAUGUCAUGGAGCCUUUAGAGGAGUAAGGGGGCAUCAUGAGAGACACGCAAAGAGCUUAGCAGGUGCCUGGCACCCAUUAAGUGCUUACAAAAGGUUUACAAGUGGGGGUUUUUUGUUUAUGAUAAAUAUAUAAUAUUGCAGAGAUGUAAUAUAUGUAACAUACUCAAUAAUAUUAUAUUAGGGUUUUCCGGAGAAACAGAACCAUAUAGAACCAAUAGGGUGUGUGUGUAUGUGCAGAGAGAGAGAGAAAUUGUAAGGAAUUGGCUCAUGGGAUCACAGUGCCUGGCAAGUCCGACACCGGUAGGGCAGGCUGGAGAUUCAGGUAAGUUGUGGGAUCAAGCCCAGCGCCGGGAUCCGUGUUCAGCAUGGAGUCUGCUAGAGAUUCUCUCCCUCUCCCUCCCUCUGCUCCUCCCUACACUCGAACGUGGGCUCUCUCUCUCAGAUAAAAUUUAAAAAAGAUAGCUCAAGGGAGGGACCACUUCACGGGGAUGUGGCUGACUCACUCAGUAGAGCGUGUGACUCUUGAUCUCAGGGUUGUGAGUUCGAGCCCCAUGUUGAGUAUAGAGAUUAUUUAAAAAUAAAUCUUUGGGGUGCCUGGUU